UAGCAGUAGCAACAGCGGUAACCAGUAAACUCCCCGACUCCCUCCCUCCCUCCCAGCUAACAUAAGGCGACUCCACCGCGGUAGUGGUGGUUCUAGCAUCUUAGCUUGGCCCGCUUUGCACGUUGUAAGCAUGGUGAACGUAAAGAAGCGGAAAGGUCGCGUCGUUAUCGACUCGGACUCCGAAGACAGCGCCAGCGACGACAACUUGGACCAGGAGCUGCUGUCACUGGCAAAGAGGAAGCGGGUGGAUUCCGGCGAGCAGGAGGAGCCGGUGAGCAAACCGGCAGCGUCCACUGAUUCCGAGACGUCAGACAGCGACGAUGAGUGGACUGUUGGGGGCACCAAAGGCAAAAAAAAGGGGAGACAAGGCAAAGGUCCCGAGAAGAAGAAUGCCACUAAGAAGAAGCUUCAUAAGUCGACAGCGUCCGGAAGCUCAGGUGGAGACAGCUCAGGGGAGAGCUCUGCGCCAGAGGAGGGCGAGGUGUCCGACUCGGAGAGCAACAGCUCCUCCUCCAGCUCGGACUCGGACACGUCAGAGGACGACGUCUUCCGGGACGGCUACGACGACGACCUGAUGGGUGACGCCGAGGACAGAGCGCGCUUGGAGCAGAUGACGGAGAAGGAGCGCGAGCAGGAGCUCUUCAACAGGAUCGAGAAGAGAGAGGUGCUCAAGAGACGGUUUGAAAUCAAGAAGAAGUUGAAGACUGCAAAGAAGAAGGAGAAAGAGGAGAAGAAGAAGAAGCAGGAGGAAGAGCAAGAAAAACGCAAGCUAUCUCAGGUUCAAGACACCCAAGUGGUCAUGUCUCAUAACAAGGAGCGGCGGUCCAAACGUGAUGAGAAACUCGACAAAAAGUCUCAAGCUAUGGAAGAGCUGAAAGCCGAACGAGAAAAGAAGAAGAACAAAACUGCAGAACUGUUGGCCAAACGUGAACCCCUGAAGACCAGCGAGGUGUACUCCGACGACGAAGAGGAGGAGGAGGAGGAAGAUGACGACAAGUCGUCCGUCAAGAGCGACAGGAGUUCGCGCUCUUCCUCAUUUGACGAUGAUGACGAAAAAGAAGAAACGCCGCCUAAGUCUCAACCCGUGUCGCUGCCCGAUGAGCUCAACCGGAUCCGCCUGUCCCGACACAAGCUGGAACGGUGGUGCCACAUGCCCUUCUUUGCCAAAACUGUCACUGGCUGCUUCGUCAGGAUCGGCAUCGGGAACAGCAGCAGUAAACCAGUCUACAGGGUUGCUGAAAUUAUGGAUGUGGUGGAGACUGCAAAAGUUUACCAACUGGGCACGACGCGGACCAACAAAGGCUUACAAUUACGGCACGGUGGUGACAUGCGCGUCUUCCGGCUGGAGUUUGUAUCCAAUCAGGAGUUCACAGAGAACGAGUUCAUGAAGUGGAAAGAGGCGAUGAUAGUUGCCGGCAUGCAAGUGCCAACUCUGGACGAAAUCACGAAAAAGGAGCAGUCCAUCAAAGAAGCCAUGAACUACAAGUUCAAUGACAAAGACAUAGAGGACAUCGUCAAAGAGAAGGACAGAUUUCGAAAAGCGCCACCAAACUACGCCAUGAAGAAAACUCAGUUACUUAAAGAUAAGGCCAUGGCGGAGGAGAGUGGCGACGGCGACAAAGUAAAGGUCAUCCAGGAUGAGUUGAAUGAGCUGGAGGAGCGCGCAGAGGCGCUGGACAGGCAGCGGACCAAGAACAUUUCCGCCAUCAGCUACAUUAAUCAGAGGAACAGAAGCUGGAACAUUGUCGAAUCGGAAAAAGCUCUGGUGGCUGAAGGACAAAAUUCCAAAAACCAACAAAUGGACCCAUUCACUCGGAGACAAUGCAAACCCACUAUGGUGUCCAACGCCAGAGACCCGUCAGUGCACGCCGCCAUUCUUGCUCACCUGAACCAGAAGUACGGCUCCGGAUCCACGCCGGAUCCCACCGCUCUUGAGCAGAACAAACAGGGUCCCACGGACCCAAAGGACAAAGACGUAACCAAGCCAACCACUGACCUCUCUGAAGACUUAUUCAAAGUUCAUGAUUUCGAUGUGAAGAUUGACCUUCAAGUUCCUAAUGCAGAAGCAAAGUCGCUGUCGGUGAGCUCCAACGCACUCCCGGUGAAGGACGGGGCCCCCCGCCGGUCUCUCAACCUGGAGGACUACAAAAAGAGGAGGGGGCUCAUCUGAAGACCAACACGCUGCAUGAGGAACAGGCUGUGAAAGAAGAGUGUGUGUGUGUGUGUGUGUGUGUGUGUGUGUGUGUAUGAGAGAUUUCGUCGGGUGUGUGUGCGACAAUGGACUUUUUAUCAGAGGACAUACUGAUACAGACACGUUUUUCUCAAAGGUUUUGUCUCUGAAGAAACGUAAAAACAUUAGUAUUUUUCGGCAUUGUUUAUUUUAUACAUGUUUAAUCCUCUUGGAGCUUUUUUUUUUAAAUUUUUUCCCACUGAAAGGACUCACUGGCGCUGGACUUCACUAUACUACAUUGUUGUGUUUUGAAGUUACUGGACACUUCGUAGCUUUUGACCAGCAAUUAAAAUAUGCCCUCUGUACUCCCCCCUCACAAUGCCCGUCCUCCAUGUUUGUCAAGUAUCUACCAAAAAGGAAAAUGGAGCAGAUACUUUUGGGUACAUUAUGACAUCUGUCACUUUGUAAAUGCUAUGAAUUGGGCAAAGGGUGAAAUGAAAAAGUGUUUUUCUGUUUAGUUUUUUUUUUAUGGAUGUUGCUUCAUUCUUCUUGUAUAUCUCUCAUUAGGUUGCUUAAAACGAUUAAAAAAACGAAACAAAAAAACACCCUCGCCCUUAACUCCCAGAGCAGAUUCUAUUUGUUAUUGAUUGUCAAUAGUCUGUUGUUGUAUUGAUGUGGCAUGCCAUGUAAAUAUGCAUUUUGGGGUGAGUUCGGGAGGAGAGAAAAAAUAAAGAGGCACUGUUUCAUAUUCA